AUGCUUGAUGAGAUUGCUGUUGAAGUUAACAGAGUUUCCAGGAGCAUCGAUGAAUUUCAAGAGUACAGUUAUCAAUAUAAUGUUAAGAUUGUUGGUGUCCCUCAAUUGAGUCAAGAUGAAUCCUCGGCUUCUACGAGUGCGCUAUGUGAAUGUUUAUUUAUGGCAAUUGGAUCCGCUGUAUCAAUUCAUGACAUUGACACAGCCCAUCGAGUCCCAACGAGAAGCAAUGACAAUGGCGGCCCGCGGCCAAUCAUUUGCCGAUUUAUUAGACGAUUGUCAAAAGAUGAUGUCAUGAAUCAUAAAAAGAAAUGCAAGUAA